AUGAGGGUCCGAGACCGCACAGCCCUGGCCUCUCUCUUUGUUGCCGGUCAAGCAGCACAAGGCGGCCUCCAGAAACAAUGCACACAGCUUUCGGGGGUCGUCUCCCAGCUGGAAAACGUCCAGUCUCCGCGAUCCUCGUUCAUCAACGUCCACGGCAUGAACGUGUCUGGGACCUUGAACUCUAUCCCCUUCUGCCGACUGCAAGGGUCUAUUCCAUAUCUCGGUAACAACAGCGUCAACUUUGAACUCUGGCUUCCAGACAGCGAGACAUAUACCGGACGCUAUCUCUCCGUCGGAAAUAGCGGUUUUGCAGGGAUUAUUGACACCUCUACGAUGCUCAAAAAUGUCGAAAAGGGCUUCGCGGUAGCCGGCGGCGACGGCGGCCACCGACAAGCAAACAACGAUGUCGACAGCGGCGCCACAUACCUCCCCUUUCUGCACGACGUGAAUCAAACCCUCGCGUGGAUCCGUAACUCUAUCGCAGACUUCACCUCGUCGGCUAAAUCCAUCACUGGGCUCUUCUACGCUUCUUCGCCGGAGUACAGUUACUACGAGGGAUGCUCAACGGGUGGAGCGCAGGGCUUCGCAGCGGCAGAGUUUCAUCCCCAUUUAUUUGAUGGCAUCGUGGCUUCUUGCCCAGGGAAUUGGUAUUCGCAUCUUAUGUUGUCGUUUCUGUGGGGUUGGAGGUCUGCCACUGAACACGCCCGUCUUCCUCAAGACACCCUCAACUUUAUACGUUCCCGAGUCCUCGACGCCUGCGACGCCCUAGAUAGUCUCAAAGACGGUGUCAUUGAGAACCCUCUAUCUUGUUCCCUUGACAUUUCAUCGCUUGCGUGUCCUGCAUCCGGCUCAAACACCACCUGUCUCACGCCCGCUCAAGUAAAAACCUACACUCUCCUCACCUCGGGCCCCGUUCACCCCGAUACCAAUGAAUCCCUCUAUCCCGGUUUCCAGCCUGGUAGCGAAUCCGACUGGACCGGUCAGCAGGGCGAGCUGGCGCAAGACUACGCUGUGCCGCUAUUGCAAAACUUGAUAUCCGCUCAGUCCCAUAAUCGAUUCAAUUUCAGCCUUCCCACGGCCCUCUCCUUCAACUGGACUAUUGAUGUCUCCCUAGUGGACACUUACGUAUCUCCCUUCCUCGACGGAAUCGGUACGAAUCUUUCUGCGUUUAGGAAUUCAGGCGGGAAAUUGCUCGUCACGCAGGGCUGGUCAGAUCCGUAUAAUGCGCCUACGUGGCCCAUGGAACAUUUAUCGAAGAUUGACGAAGUUACCGGAGGUGGUGAAGAGUGGAUGAGGUUGUUUAUGAUUCCUGGAGGCGGACAUUGUGGUCCCUCGCCGCAUUACCCAUCUAUUCCAUAUGAGCCGAACACCCUAGAAACGAUGAUCGAGUGGGUAGAAAGAGGUAUUGCACCUCUUGAGAUGCGCGCCAGCAAGACGACCGACGGGAGUGAUCGAACUCGGAAACUGUGUGCUUGGCCACUGGUGGCAAGUUCUCGAGAGGAUGGGGGGAGGUGGAGUGAAGCGAGCUUUGAGUGUGUCAAACAAUAG